AUGGACGACCAACAUGAUCGCGAACCAUCCAAACUAGCCCGUGACACCUCCCCCGUCAAAGGCUUCUCCCACCAUGCAGAGGACAUCCUCCAUGAACGCGAGCCCUACGGACCCGCCGGUCUGCGCGGUCUCGUCGCCAACCCGUUCGUCUUCUGCUGCGCCGCCUGUUCGACGCUCGGCGGGCUCGUCUUCGGCUACGACCAGGGCGUCGUCUCGGUCAUUCUCGUCAUGGAGCAGUUCCUCGACCGGUUCGUCGAGCUGGCCGAUAACCACCCGGGGUCGUCCUUCUGGAAAGGCCUCAUGACGGCCAUGAUCGAGCUGGGCGCAUUGAUCGGCGCCUUCAACAUGGGUUGGCUGGCGGACAAGUACUCGCGCCGGUACUCCAUCAUCGUCGCUGUCGUCGUCUUCACCAUCGGAUCGGUCCUGCAGACUGCAGCGGUCGACUACGCCAUGUUGACGGUAGCCCGGUUGAUCGGCGGUCUGGGUAUCGGCAUGCUGUCCAUGGUGGCGCCGCUCUACAUUUCCGAAAUCAGCCCCCCCGAAUGCCGCGGCACCCUCCUCGUCAUGGAAGAGUUCUGCAUCGUGCUCGGCAUCAUGAUCCCCGGGUUCGUGCUCGCCGCCGGCGUGUGCAUGCUGCCGUUCUCACCGCGGUGGCUGGCGUCGCGCGAGCGCAACGACGAGGCGCUGCAGAGCCUGUGCAAGCUGCGCCGGCUGCCCGCGUCCGACAAGCGCAUCCGCCAGGAGUUCCUCGACAUCCAGGCCGAGGUGCGCUUCCACAAGGAGAUGAACGCCGAGAAGCACCCGAGUCUGCAGGGCGGCGGCCUGCGCAAGGCGUUCCUGCUCGAGAUGGCGUCGUAUGUGGAUUGUUUUCGGUCCGGGUGCUGGCGUCGUACGCAUGUUGGUGCGGGCCUCAUGUUCUUCCAGCAGUUUGUUGGUAUCAACGCCUUGAUUUAUUACAGCCCCACGCUGUUCAAGACCAUGGGCCUCGACUAUGACCAGCAGCUGCUCAUGUCCGGCAUCCUCAACGUCACCCAGCUGGUCGGCGUGGCUAGCUCGAUCUGGACCAUGGACAAGCUGGGCCGUCGCACGCUGCUGCUCGGUGGUGCGCUGGGGAUGACUGUCUCGCAUGUUGUGAUUGCAGUGCUGGUGGGCUUGUUCUCUAAUAACUGGCCCGCGCAUCGGCCGCAGGGAUGGGUUAGCGUCGCCUUCCUUCUGGUCUAUAUGAUUGCGUUUGGGGCGUCCUGGGGUCCGGUCGGCUGGGCCAUGCCUUCUGAGGUAUUCCCGUCGUCUCUCCGUGCCAAGGGUGUCGCCAUCUCGACCUGCUCGAACUGGCUUAACAACUUUAUCAUUGGUCUGAUCACACCCCCGCUCGUCGAGAAUACAGGCUACGGCGCGUACGUCUUCUUCGCCGUGUUCUGUCUGCUCGCCCUGGUAUGGACCUUCUUUUUCGUGCCCGAGACGCGCAACCGCACGCUGGAGCAGAUGGACCACGUCUUCAAGGACAACUCCAGCGAGGCGGAGCAGGAGCGCAGACAUGCCAUCGAGGUUGAGCUCCUCAGCGCGGAGCAGUACGUUGCGAGUGUGUAG